AUGACGAACCAAGUGAUACUUCUUGAUUUCUGGCCAAGCAUGUUCGGUAUGAGGACGAAGAUAGCUUUGGCUGAGAAAGGAGUAGAGUAUGAGUACAAGGAGACAGAUCCAUGGGUCAAGACUCCUUUGCUCAUCGAGAUGAAUCCGGUUCACAAGAAGAUUCCGGUUCUCAUUCACAAUGGUAAACCGAUCUGUGAAUCUCUUAUUCAGAUUGAGUACAUCGACGAGGUUUGGUCCGAUACAUACCCAAUCCUUCCUUCUGAUCCUUAUGAGAAAUCUCAAGCUCGAUUUUGGGGAGAGUUCAUCGACAGAAAGUUCUACGACCCAUCAUGGAAAGUAUGGGGAACAAAGGGAGAAGAACAAGUUGCAGCUAGGAAAGAACUGAUCGAACAUUUCAAGACACUUGAAACCGAGCUCGGAGACAAACCUUACUAUGGUGGUGAGGUAUUCGGAUUCGUAGACAUUGCAUUGAUAGGAUAUUACAGUUGGUUCAAAGCCAUGGAGAAAUUUGGGGAAUUUAGCAUCGAAAAAGAGGCUCCCAAAUUGAUUGAGUGGACCAAGAGGUGUAUAGUGAGAGAGAGUGUGAUCAAGGCAAUGGCUGAUCCUGACAAUAUUAUUCAGUAUGCUUGUGUGUUCAGGAAGAGUCUUGGAGUCGAAUAG